AUGGCCGGACGAACCACCGUCUUCCUCACCCCCGAGGAGACGAAGCGUGUCACCCAGAAAUUCGAGCACGACGCCGCCCAGCGCACCGCCCGCGCCGGCGCGCCCUGGACCCCCCAGGAUCGCUCGCGCCUCAUCCAGCAUGCGACCUCGACGUCUCUGAUGCAGGACAUGUCCCUGUCGUCGCUCGGCUUCGGCGCGCCACAGGCCAAGAGCGACGACACCAUGAUGACCUAUGCCAUUGGCGCGCCGUACCCCCCGUGCACCGUCGACGCAGCGGACCUCGCCGAGAUGAAGCUGGCCGACCUGCAGCUCGGGAGCCACCACCGCGGCAAGAAGCUCACGGUGCACCGCAUCUCACUCGUCGUCGCCCUCAAGACGUCCUCGUGGGCGGUCGUGGAGAGCGUCGGGGAGGAGCCGGACCAGGUCGUGGUGCUCGAGACGUUUCUGCACAAGCAGCGCAUGGGCCGGGACCUCCUCACAUCCGGCUCCGAGUUCAUCGUCAAGGAGCCCUUUUACACGCUCAACGGCGAAAACGAACCCGUGAUCCGCAUCAACCACCCCUCGGACCUCGUCAUCACUACAUUCAGCGAGCACCCCGACUCGUGGCGCGACAACUACCAGCCCGAACCCCCCGCCGUCACGCCCGAGCAGCUCAAGGCCCGGGGCAACGCGGCGCUCGGCAAGCAGCAGUACGCCUCCGCGCACGCCUACUACACGCAAGGCAUCGCCGUCGCCGACCCGACGAGCACCCUGUCCCAGGACAUCCGGCGCAACCGCGCCCACGUCAACCUCCUCCUGCACCGCUACGACGAGGCCCGGUCCGACGCGCUGGCCUCGCUCACCCACGGUUCCGCCGCCGAGCAGCAGGCGCUCGACGCCAAGGCCUACUACCGCGCCGGCAGCGCCGCCUACGCCCUCGGCGCCUUCGCCGACGCCCAGACGUACUUUGCCGCCCAGGACAGCCUGCAGCCCGACACCAAGACGACGCUCAUCAACAUCCGCCGCACCGCCCGCCGCAUUGAGGAGCGCCAAACGGGCAACCACGACUUGAAAAAGGUCGUCGCCAGCCUGGCCCGGGUCCAGGGACGGCCCGACGUGGCGAGCUUUGACGGAAAGACGACGGUGCGCGACAGCCCGGGCGCCGGCCGCGGCCUCUUCGCCACACGGGACUUCAAGGCCGGCGAGCUCAUCAUGUGCGAAAAGUCGUUUUGCACCGUGUCGAGCCUGGACAAGCCCUGCACGGCCGUCACGGCGCUGACGGUGGACCUCGACGACGACUGCGCCAUCCGCGUCUUCCCCGCCGGCCUGCACCGCGCCGUCGUGCAGAAACUACUCGACAACCCGUCGCAGGCGCCCGCCGUCCUCGGCCUCGACAGCGGCCCCUACAAGGGCCUCGGCGAUACAGGCGCCGUCUCCACCGCCGAGGGCCCGGUCGUGGACGCCUUCCAGGUGCACCACAUUGUGCAGCGCAACGCCUUUGGGCUCGGCCCGCAGUCGCCCGACGAGGACGUGUCCAACGCGACGACCGGUCUGUGGGUGCGCGCCUCGUACGUCAACCACGCGUGCGUCGCCAACGCGGUCAAGGAUUUCGCCGGCGACCUGAUGGUGUUUCGCGCCGCGCGGCACAUCCGCGCCGGCGAGGAAAUCUUCCAUGCCUACGACGAAAACGCCGACUACGACGCCCGCCAGGCCGCGCUGCGCAAAACUUGGGGCUUCGCGUGCACGUGUGCGCUGUGCGCCGCCGAGGCGCACGACCCCGACGAGGUACGGGCCAAGCGCCGCGCGCUGGCCCGGGAGGCGGCCGAGUUUGCGCAGAGCACAGACCCAAGCGGCGCGCGCGGCAUUGCGCUCGCAAAGGGGAAGCGGUUGAGGCGCGCGCUAGAGGACACGUAUGACGAGAAGAGGUUCAAGGGCCUGCCGAGAUUGGCGACGAGGGGGAUUGACCAGUGGUUGGCGAUUGCGCAGCGGUAA